GACGAGCGCUGCCCGGAUCCUUCCUCCACCCCCCCUCCCCUUCCCUCUCUUUCCUUGCUGCUUACUGCAGUGUUAGGGGGAGGGCAAAGCUACAGCAAGAUGGCGUUGCUUUUUCUCCUAGGGUCAGCACUGGAACAGCUCCUUCCUUUGCACUCCCACUAGGACCGGCAGCUGCUCUUGAAUGGUGCACCAGCUCUGCAGCCUCCUAUCUUACCCUGGUAUUAUCGCUGCCGUGAACGACCCCCGCCCUCUCCCUUCAGCGGCUUUUGUUUUGGUGCAAAGCUUUCCCUCCCCGUGUGACUGCCGGGGAGGGGGGGCCGGGGAGUGUGUGAUAACAUUUCCCCCCCAAGAAAACACUCACUAGGAUGAAUCUAGGCUGGACCCUGCACCGCGUCAGGUGCAAUUCGAUUUUGCAGGCAGCUUCUUAACAGUUUUUUGUAUUAGGUUUUGGGUUUUUUUUAAUUUUGCAUUUGGCGCCUCGAGUGCCAGGGUGUUUGCAGUUAAAAGGGGGGGGGGCAGCUUUCUUAUGUUACCACUUGCAGCUGCGGCAAUUACAGCCUGAACCCCUUAAUCUUCCCAUGGAGGAUCUAAUCUGCUAAAAAAAAAAAUACCUGAAGGAGACGCAUUGGAAUAAUAACAUGGAGGAAGAGGAGGAGCUGCAGUACUGAAUUCCCCGGCUGCGCGAUCCAGAGGAGAGAUGGUGGUUUUUAAUGUGGCACCAGUGCAAGUUCUGGAGUUGUGAGAGCUUUGAAAGCCCCCCUUUCCCACCGCCUCACCUGCCCAGUGCCUGCCGCCUCUGUCAUUUAUUUUUGAUUCCUUUUCUCUCUUCCUCUCAUCCCCCAUAACCCCCACCCCCCUUUUCUGCUUUGCCAUGGGAAUGGUGGCAGAUCUCUUGGCUAUUGUCAUGUCGGCUUCAUUUUUCAACCCCAGCUUUGCCUUCAGUUCGCACUUCGACCCCGAUGGCACUCCCCUGACUGAGCUUUCCUGGUCUUCUUCUCUGGUGGUUGUGGCCGUUUCCUUCUCUGGGCUCUUCACCUUCAUCUUCCUCAUGUUGGCCUGUCUGUGCUGCAAGAAGGGGGGCAUUGGCUUCAAGAGCUGGAGAAGCGAACCCCGAGAGAAGAGGCUGAGGAUGGUUUUGAAGUGUCUGCCCUGCACGGGGGCCAGCACAGUGCCAAAAACAGCCUGUAAUGUAGAACUGGGGAACCCUGGGCAGCCCUCCCCCUGCCCCCUGACCAAGGAAUUUGAGAAUGCUGAAGGAGAAGAAUAUGCCAGUGAGUUCUCUGCCCAGGGAUCACCUGCCACGCAGAAUGGCCCUGAAGUUUACAUUCUGCCUCUCACUGAAGUCUCCUUGCCCAUGUCCAGGCAGCCUGGACGCUCAGUUCAGCUCCUCAAAUCCACUGACCUCGGACGCCACAGCCUGUUGUACCUCAAGGAGAUUGGCCAUGGAUGGUUUGGUAAGGUGUUCCUCGGUGAGGUGAAUGCAGGGCUCAGCAGCACUCAGGUGGUAGUUAAGGAGCUAAAGGCCAGUGCCAGUGUACAAGAUCAGAUGCAGUUCCUGGAAGAGGCUCAGCCAUAUAGGGCACUCCAGCACACCAAUCUCCUGCAGUGCCUGGCCCAGUGUGCAGAAGUCACACCCUACCUGCUGGUGAUGGAGUUCUGUCCAUUGGGUGACCUGAAGGGCUACUUGCGGAGCUGCCGUGCGGCCGAGGCACUGGCACCUGACCCCCUGACAUUGCAACGCAUGGCCUGCGAGGUGUCCUGUGGCCUGCUGCACCUUCACCGCAACAACUAUGUACACAGUGACCUUGCACUGCGGAACUGUUUACUCACAGCUGACCUGACUGUCAAAAUUGGCGAUUAUGGUCUUUCUCACUGCAAGUACAAAGAUGACUACUUUGUGACAGCUGACCAGCUGUGGGUGCCAUUGCGCUGGGUGGCUCCUGAACUCAUCGAUGAGGUACACGGCAAUCUGCUUAUUGUUGACCAGACCAAGACCAGCAAUAUCUGGUCAUUGGGUGUGACCAUCUGGGAGCUCUUUGAGCUGGGAGGCCAGCCCUAUUGUCACUAUUCAGACCGACAGGUGCUCACUUAUGCCAUCAAGGAGCAGCAGCUUAAACUUCCCAAACCAAAGCUUUCACUCUCACUCUCUGACCGCUGGUAUGAGGUGAUGCAGUUCUGCUGGUUGCAGCCAGAGCAGCGCCCCACUGCUGAGGAGGUGCACCUGCUGCUCUCCUACCUAUGUGCCAAGGGGGCUUCAGAAGCUGAGGAGGAAUUUGAGAGGCGCUGGAACUCCAUGAAACCCGGCGGUGGUGGAGGCUCAGGCUCUGGCUCCAGCCACAUGGGUGUUGAGCUUUCCUCUUUUCCACUGCUGGAACAUUUUUCCAACGAUGGCGAUGAUGUUCUGACUGUCAUGGAAACAAGCCAUGGCCUCAACUUUGAGUACAAGUGGGACCAAGGCAAAGCUGAACAUCUCCCAGCCUCAGCCUUGAGCCCUCAUGGACCUGCCCACUAUCAGGAGCUCUACUACUCAGCCAGCAGCAGCAGCGGAGGGGGCAAGCACCUCAGCCUGGGCGUCUCACCCUCCUGCUAUGAGUGCAAGGCACAAAGCUGCCCUGGUCUGCACACACCAGGUGUGGUUCCUGUGCUGAGUGCCCACAGUCCCUCACUUAAUAGCGAGUACUACAUUCGCAUUGAAGAAGCAGCCUCAGAGGGUAGUGGGGCUGACUUGGAUUACACUAUGUGCUCCUACAGUCCUGAGUUUGGCUGUUCAGCCCGAAGCUGGCAAGUCAAGGAGGGCCACUACGAAUCAAGCAACAGCCCUACUGUCUCACUCACCAUGGAGCCUCUUCUGGGCCACUCCGCACACACUGACAGUCACUGGGAACCCCCCGAAUACUACUCCUAUGGAGGACAAGGGGACAAGGAAGACCCAUACUAUGAGGCCUCCCCAAGGGAAAGUGCUGAUGACUACCUGCUGAAAGAGCCCAGUGGCUCUGAGUGGCCUGUUCCAGUUUCACAGAAGAGUGUCUUCACUGACCCACUGGGUGUGUCGCCGUCAAUGACCUACAGCUACAAGGAGGCCACGUCAGAGUGUGUCACUCUGGACCUGGAUGAGGAGAACUCUUGUGGCAGCCCCAGAAGUGAAGUGGGUGAGAAUGAUGAAUCCCCUUCCUCCAGCAAGCAUUGGAAAUCCAACACCUCAGCCAAUAACAACAGCUGCCGCUCACUAUCUCCCUGUGAGCCGCCUGCCAAUGACAGCUGGUGCUACCGGCGCAUGAUCACCUUCCAGGGGCUCAUGGCAGAACCGCUGUGCACGGUACCCCGGGAUGAGCCCACUCUAGGGCUCAAGGAUCUGCGAGCUGCACUGCUGGGUGGGGAGUGCGUGGCGUCAUCUCAUGCAGGCUCCCCUUGCUUAGAUACUGAGUUGCUGACAGAGGAAAAAGAAUUGGCUGAUGUUGCUAGUAAUGAGGUCAAUAGAGAGGACUCCACUGAUUCCUGGACUGAGAGUGGAGAAGGGGGCCCCCAGUCCACUGGGCCACUGCUGGAGGAACUGCACGUGGGGACAUCGUUAUCUGUGCCAGAACCAGCUGUCAGUAUAGACACUGGGGAUACAACCACACCGGCCGAAUUAAUAGAUGACACACCAGUUGUUGGGGAAGAUCCUGCCCUUAUAGAAGAGGCUUCAGUUGAAUGUCCACCCAAGAUGCUACAGGAGAUCAACCUAGAAAAUGGCAAAACUAUCAGCAGUGAACAGGACCAGACACCAGACAAGACAGUGUCAAGCGCUAGCUUCCCUGAUAUGGAUGAGGCUAGUGAUGAGGAUACAGCUGAGGAUACUUUGGGAGGUUUUGCUGACUUCUCAGUUGAUUGUGUUGAACAGCAGGAUAUACUGCCUGCCUUCAAGUCUUUGCAGAAGCAGGUGGGGACUCCUGACUCUUUGGAGUCAUUGGACAUUCCUUCCACCACCAGCUCCUGUGAGGCAUUCAGCCCUACAGCCUAUGUAUCCUCAAGCCAGCCUAAGGCCCUGGACAGUGGGUAUGAUACAGAGAACUAUGAGUCUCCUGAAUUUGUCCUCAAGGAGCCUCAUGAGGCACGAGAGCCUGAAAACUUUGCCCAGGUAGGAAAGUUGCAAGAAGACAGGGAGGACUCAACCAAAGAGCUAAGUCUGUCAAGUUCUUUCAGUGCUGAGCUGCAUGUCUUAGAUGAGAAGAACCCUUACCGUGACUCAGCCUACUUCUCUGACUAUGAUACUGAAGGGGGAACUCGGGAGGAUGGGGAAGAGGACAGUGAUGGCUCUGAAGGGCAUGAGCCAGAACCUGCCCAGGUAGUCUUUGAAGGGGUAGGGAAGGCCCCUAACAAAAAUGGCACUGAGGGUGAGUCUGUGCCUCCCUGCCCUGAGUCUACUGCCCCCUGUGGAGACAGUGUGGGCUGUACCUUUCCAGAGGAUAAGGAACAAGUCAUGAGGGAAGGAACUCCUAGGGAACCACAGGAGCUGCUGGUAAAUGGAGUUGCUGUUGAGGAGCUGGAGUUAAACUCAACAGGGGAUGAGUGUGAAGGGACUGUUGUUGUUCCCUCUCAGUUGGCUCCCACCAGAUCUUUUUUCUUGUCACCUGUGGUCAUAAGUUCAGAGGUGCCCAUCCUGGUGGUUGAGGGAGAUGUGGGGGCAGGAAAUGCAGGGCUGGAGAGUGGGUCAAGAGAACCAGAAGGUCCUGGAGAACUGCAGGGGACUGGCGAGAGUGAGGAGCUACAGAGCAAUCCUGCACUCUCCAGUCUCUCACUGGACCUGUCAGUGGUGCCUUCCCAGCAGUCAUCUGUUCCCACUGAUCCUGAGGAAGAGGAAGACGACACAGAGGACAGUGAUGAGUCUGAUGAGGAACUGCGCUGCUACAACAUCCAAGAGCAGAGUGAAGAGAGUGAGGAGGAAUCGCCUACGGUGCCCAUUGUGGUGGCAGAGAGCCACAGUGCUCGCAACUUGCGCAGUCUGCUCAAGAUGCCCAACCUGCUGGUGGAAUCCUUCUGUGAUGACCUUGAACGCAAGAAGAAAGCUGUCUCCUUCUAUGAUGAUGUCACUGUCUACCUCUUUGACCAGGAAAGUCCCACAAAGGAACUUGCAGACCAGUCUUUCCCAGAGGUCACAGAGCCAGGCCUGGCCCACUCUGUGCAAAAAGAAGGCGACAGUCUUGCAAGCGCUGCAGGCGGGACAGAGACACCAAACAGUUCCUCAGAAGGGAGCACCUCUGAAGAGAGUAAGGGUGGUGGUUUUGAAUGGGAUGAUGACUUCCCUCUCAUGCCAGUGAAAUCGUCUCUCAUGCAGACAUUAACAUCGGCAGUGUCUGAGCCAGCCCUCCCCAGACUGCCACCCACACUAGGGCCCUCUCAGAAGCAGAUGCUGCCCAUUCAGUUUUCACGCUUCACUGUCUCACCUGCCCCAGUGUCACGGUUCUCCAUCACACAUGUCACUGACUCAGAUGUCAAGUCUGUAGGAGGAAGCAGUGAAGAUGGCGACCGAGAGUGAGCUUGGCCACAUGUUCUCUUUUUGGACUUUUCAUCCUGACCCCAUAGCAUCAGUUUCUGCAUCGGGGCAAAGGAGUAAGAAUUGUGACCCAGAAUCUGGGUGGAACAGAAGAACUCUGUGGGGGCCUCGCUCUAUUUUUUUAAGAGGCAGAUUUUAUUGGACAGAUCUCAACUUUGGGCUGCUAGGGCUGGAGUUGCCACAGUGAGGCAGCUUGGGAUAAGUGCAUGAAUGUGUGGAUGUGUGAGUGUAUGAGUGUGUGCGUGUGUAUGUGUACAGAUAGACAUAUAGAACCUAUAGCAUUUAAAGGGUAGAGCUGUGACCUCGUUAACAUCGCUGCACCUCCACCCAAACCAUUUUGUCACUCCUUUCUCCAGCUCACCCUCUUGAUCUCUUGACCCACAUUGGCUUCCCAAGUUGGGCCACUGCCUUGAGACACCAACUUCUGCCUGUUCUCUCAGCUUGUCACGUGUCUUUUCCAAGUCCUAUGUUGGGUCUAGGGAGAGCAUGUAGCCAUGCACCCUGUGCCAUUCAGACAUGCUUCAACUAGGCACUGGUACUCCUGUACACCUUCUGUGCCGCUCAUUUAACAUGCUUUAACAGGCAAUCAGCUGGAACUGCCAGGCUUGGCUGUGCAGGAAGGGGAAAGGCAAAGGAAGAGUAGAAGACCAAACGCAAGGGACACGUGGGGCAGCUAGCCAUGGAGGUGUAUUAUUUUAUUUGCAGGGUGGGGGCACACCCAUGUUCAGCAUCCAAUUCUCCUUUUUGCAAUGGAUCCCCCUCUUUCCCCAAUAUAAACAUUCUUGCUACUGUCAAUUUGCUGCUGUUUGCACAACUCAAGUAUUUGGGGAUUUUUUGGUUUCCAGUCUGUUCCCUGUAUUGCAGUGAGCCUUGGUGAGUGAUCAUCUCGUCCUGAUAACUCAGCUGCAGGGAAUACCUCCACCUCUGUGAUGGACAAGAUCACCCUGGGCCCCCAGAGGCAUGGAAGCUGUGCCUUAAUGAUCUUAGGCACAUCGCGUCUCUAUCUUACCCUCUUGGGAAGUAACAUUUUUGGAGCCUAGGGGAGUUUUUUGGCUUGUUUGUUUGGAGAUGGCAUAGGCAGGCAAUAGAGGGGAGGUGCAAGAAAUAUGAUGUCUGAAUUCAUAACCAGCUGGGAGGGACCAUGUGGUAUUGGGAGCCACAUACGGACUCCUCCUCUUUCAUCAUCCCCCACCCCGCUUGCCACAGUCUUUGUGUUCUCUUUGCCACAGUAUUAUGUGGGUUGAAGUCUUUCUAGGUGCCAUGAGGUUGCACCCUGCAGAGCAGAAUUAUACCAGAGAGCCAAGCCGUGCAAUGUAUAGAGGGUCUCCUGCUUCCCUCCACACCCCUUCCAGUCAUUCACAUGCAGGAAGAGUCUCCAGGUAAGACAUAUAGCAAAAAGCGGGUCAAAUUGGCACCCAGACUAUUUGUCUAUGAAAUGGACUGUGCCCUUGCUGUAUCACCUGCUCUAACAGAGCUGUGGGUUUGUUAUUGUUGCCAAAGAGAUGUAAAAGAAGUUAACUUUUAGCUAAGUCCUGGGGAAGAGAAAAGGG